GUCGCGCGGCGGCGGCGUCAGCGGCGGCGCCCGGGUGGUGGGAGCCGAAGCGCCGAGCAAGAUGGCGGCGCGAGUGCUGCGCGCUCGCGGAGCGGCCUGGGCCGGUGGCCUCCUACGGCGGGCGGCCCCCUGCAGCCUCCUGCCCAGGCUCCGGACGUGGACAUCUUCCAGCAACAGAUCUCGAGAAGACAGCUGGCUAAAAUCCUUAUUUGUCCGGAAAGUUGAUCCAAGAAAAGAUGCCCACUCCAAUCUCCUAGCCAAAAAGGAAACAAGCAAUCUAUACAAAUUACAGUUUCACAAUGUUAAACCGGAAUGCCUAGAAGCAUACAACAAAAUUUGUCAAGAGGUGUUGCCAAAGAUUCACGAAGAUAAACACUACCCUUGUACUUUGGUGGGGACUUGGAACACGUGGUAUGGCGAGCAGGACCAAGCUGUCCACCUCUGGAGGUAUGAAGGAGGCUAUCCAGCCCUCACAGAAGUCAUGAAUAAACUCAGAGAAAAUAAGGAAUUUUUGGAAUUUCGUAAGGCAAGAAGUGACAUGCUUCUCUCCAGGAAGAAUCAGCUCCUGUUGGAGUUCAGUUUCUGGAAUGAGCCUGUCCCACGAUCAGGCCCUAAUAUAUAUGAACUCAGGUCUUACCAACUCCGACCAGGAACCAUGAUUGAAUGGGGCAAUUACUGGGCUCGUGCGAUCCGCUUCAGACAGGAUGGUAAUGAAGCCGUCGGAGGAUUCUUCUCUCAGAUUGGGCAGCUGUACAUGGUGCACCAUCUUUGGGCUUACAGGGAUCUUCAGACCAGGGAAGACAUACGGAAUGCAGCAUGGCACAAACAUGGCUGGGAGGAAUUGGUAUAUUACACAGUUCCACUUAUUCAGGAAAUGGAAUCCAGAAUCAUGAUCCCACUGAGGACGUCGCCCCUCCAGUAAAGCUGCAGAGUUUCUAUGUGCCUACACACAUUUCUGUGGCAAGUGUUUGGCAUAAAUUAAUUUUAAUUGUAUAUCAAGUGGAAAAGAAACACUGAGGUUUAAGCUGCUGUAUAUAGCUUGUGAGAACCUCUUUUCUUUAAAAUUUACACAAUCACAAGAAAGGAAAGAAUUACAGUUGGACUGAUUGUGACAGUGCCCUGUUGUCCUCUUUGAAACACCCCCGUGUUGUCCAGUGUACCUUAUAACACUUAGCCACUUCUCCCCACCCUCCAGGAGGGGUCCACAUUGAAUUCUGAAUCAUCUUGAAAAUAAGAUUCCAACCACAAAAACAAUUAGCCAUUUCUUUACUAAAAAACAAAAAACAAAUCUGUUUUAUAAUUACAGAUUUUUAGACAAAUUUCUUGUAUCAGGAAGAAAUACAAAUUUUGUCAUGUUUCUCAAGCAGUUUUUCUGAGUAGUUUCUGAGGAAGAACAAAUUACGAGUGUGCCCAAUAACUGAAAAUGUUUUAACUCACUCUCAUUUGUAAGCAGUCCACAUAGUAGACAAUGGGUUUUCCAAGCUGGGCAAGGUACAUUUAAUCAGAAAAUCAGUUUCCUAUCAUGUAUCGUGAUGUUUCAGUGUGAGACACAAAAACAAUGGCUUGAAACUGGUGUAUCAUAUGUGAUUUUGAAAUGAACACCUUGAAUAGCACUAAUUUUUAUUUGUGAUAUUUUUCUAUAACAAAACAAGUAGCACUAGGAAAAGAGGUUUUAUUUUGUAAACGAUCAUUUGUGACCUCAGACACUCUCUGGCUAAUAUUUUAAUAAGCUCACAGCAGAUCAUUCUGAGAUCAUGGAUGAGGGGUGGUGCAUGUUGAGAUUUAAAUUGGCGUAAAGCUGCAUCCUUUUUGUCUAGCUGUUUGAUUUCAUUGUUUAAUAUGGUGUGCCAAUUUCGUGACUGUUACCAUGUGAAAGUCCUGUUGAAAUGAACAAUCAUGUCUGCCCCACAGUCAAGGAUGCCUCUGUGAAGUGUGAGUGAAUCUCAUACCCAAUGUCAGACUUUUACAUGUCAAUGAUUUUCUCCAAGAACAUAGAAAAGUCAAUAAAAUCCUCUUAAUUUUCACAUA